AUGGAUUCGUUUUUUGACCAACCAUUUAGUUCCUCAAAAAAUGCCAUUUGGAGAAACACCUUUUGGAUCUACACAAAACCCUCCAUUUGGAUCCGCACCAAAUCAGCCAUUUGGACAAUACCUUUUGGAUCUACACAAAACCCUCCAUUUGGAUCCACACAAAAUCAACUAUUUGGAGAGACCCCUUUUGGAUCUACACAAAACCCUCCAUUUGGAUCCGCACAAAAUCAACCAUUUGGAGAAACUCAUUUUGCAUCAACAAAAAACCCUCCAUUUGGAUCCACGCAAAAUCAACCAUUUGGAGAGACCCCUUUUGGAUCUACACAAAACCCUCCAUUUGGAUCCACACAAAAUCAACCAUUUGGAGAGACCCCUUUUGGAUCUACACAAAACCAUCCAUUUGGAUACACACAAAAUCAACCAUUUGGAGAGACCCCUUUUGGAUCUACAAAAAACCCUCCAUUUGGAUCCGCACAAAAUCAGUCAUUUGGAGAAACUCCUUCUGGAACUACAAAAAACCCUCCAUUUGGAUCCGCACAAAAUCAGUCAUUUGGAGAAACUCCUUUUGGAACUACAAAAAACCCUCCAUUUGGAUCCGCACAAAAUCAGUCAUUUGGAGAAACUCUUUUUGCAUCAACAAAAAAAUCUCCAUUUGGAUCCAUACAAAAUCAACCACUUGGAGAGACUUUUUUGGAUCCGCACAAAAUCAGCCAUUUGGAGAAACUCCUUUUGGAUCUACACAAAACACUUUUGGAUCUAUGCAUUAUCAAUCUGGUUUUCCGAAAAAUUAAUAUUUAG